GUCGCCCGUGGACCGGCGAGCGGCACCGGGCGGGAGAACCGGGGCGGUAGGGCAGCGCUCGGCCCCUCACCCCCUCCCCAGGAAGGAAGAGGGAAGGGACAGUUGGGUCCCCCCCCCGGCCCCUCUGCCACUUCCCAGUAAACAUGGACGCCGGGUCGCUGGACGCGGCAGUGCAGAGUGCUCUCCAGGCCCUCUACCCCCCCUUUGAAGCCACGGCCCCCACGGUCCUGGGCCAGGUGUUUCGGCUACUGGAGACCAGCUACCGGGGAGAUGGGCUCUGCUGCCUCCUCCAGUUCCUCAUCCCAGCCAAGCGCCUCUUCGAGCACGUGCGGCAGGCAGCCUGCGCUCCCUACUUUAACUGCAUCUUUCUCCACGAAGGCUGGCCCUUGUGUCUUCACGAGAAAGUGGUUGUCCACCUCGCCCCACUCAACCCCCUCCUGCUGCGCCCGGGGGAUUUCUACCUGCAAGCGGAGCCCUGUGAGGAGCACUCGGCGCGCAUCACCGUCAAGCACCUCUCCCACGACCUGCGCACGGUGGAGGAGACACCCGUCCCCGAGGCCACCUACGCGCUGCUCUUCACCAACGAGUGGCUGGAGGAGAUCAACGGCAACCGGGCUGGAGCUCCCCUGCACACCUGCCUGGUGGCCACCGAGAACGGCAUCACCCCGCUGCCAUGGAGCAAGAUUGCCACGCCAGAGUUCAUCGACAAGCCCAAGGCUGAUGCCGACAGUGUGCCCGCGGGCACCUGGCAUGGUCCUGCUCCUGAAACUGCAGCUGAGCCAGCAGCACCCAGCACACCCGUGCCCCAAAGCGACAUCCCAGCGCCCUAUGGCAAUGUUGCAGGCACCAUCCCGGGCUGCAAGGUCUCCUCUCGGAAGUCCAACCAGGGAAGAUACCCAGGACUGAUCAAAGUGGACCAGACUGGGCCACGGAAGAAGCCAGCCAUGCUGGCCAUGCCCAGCCUCUACGAGAUCAUUAGCCAGAACCUGGAGGGGGAGUAUGUGGACUUGCUGGAGCUCUCCCAGGACCAGCUGGACCUCCUGUCCAGGUCCCUGCCACCUGCCCGCCCAGUGGGGCCGAUGGGGGCUGGGGCCAAGAUGACGCUCCCCUGGGCAAACGGGGGGCCGGAGGCAGAUGCCUGGCCCUAUGGGGGGGCACUGAGCUCGGAGGAGGGUCCCUGCACCCCGUGCCUGGGGAGGAAGCUGAGCCAGGAGCCGGGGCCACACGGCCCACGGUGCCGCCACCGUGACUCCUACCUGGCGGCGCUGCAGAACCCGGUGAGCUUCGGCCCCGGGCUGAUGGCAGCCAUCCUGGAGGAGCCGGAUGGCCCCAGCCCCGGCCCUGAGCCACCCCCUGCCACCCACUGCGAGACCCCUGCACAGCACGGGAGUGGGGCUGGCAGCCCCACUGUCCUCACCCGCCGUCCCCGCCGAGCCAGUCCCGGGGCGCAGGUGGAGGCUCUGGUGCGGCAGGGCAGCCCCCGGCUCCCCCCAGGCUCCAGCCACAAGUUCUCCUUCCUGAAGGGCCCACGGCUCGGGGCGGCCCCUGGGGAUGAAAGAACCACCAGCCAGCAUGAAGGAGCCUGGAAGAAGAUGGCUGCCAUCUACUCGCCCAGGAUGGGCAGAGCCAGGCCAGCUGGGAAAGGUACGGAUGCAGCAGCCACUGCCCCCGCGGAGGAACAGUCCCUGGAAAGCACCAGCUGCAAGAAUGGUCCCUCCAUACCCAACACGGGCAGCCCUGGCCGGGAGCCGCUGGGCUGGCAGGACCUGCACGCCGGGCUGCUGCGCUCGGGCAUCGUGUGCCUGCCAGGGAGCUCGGACAGGCUGGGCAGAGCCCUUCUGCAGGUGACCACCAGCGGCAGCGCUUGGGGGGCUGCAUGGUGCUCGGCUGCCGAGUUGGGGAGGCUCAUCCUCUACCUCUGCUCCCUCCCCAGGCGAGACGCGAAGGAUGGUGGGCUCACCGUCGUGGUAGAUGCCAGGAAGCAGCCACCCGCUCCUGCUCUGUUCUCAGCCCUCCGCUCCAUCCAGAGCAUCUCGCCGGGCUGCAUCCACACCGUGCUGCUGCUGGCCGAGAAGGAGCUGGUCGCCCACCGCGAGAGGCUGCCCGGGGUGCAGGUGGAGACCCUGGCAUCGCUGAAGGCUCUGGGCCGCUACGUCGACAGCUCCCAGCUGACGCCGGAGCUGGAUGGCACCUUCCCCUACUGCCACGGCGAGUGGGUUCAAUUCUUCCAGAAACUGCAUCCCUUCACGGCCGGCCUCAGGCGGGCAUCGGAGCUGCUGCAGAGCUGCAUCCAGGAGCUGCGGAGUGCCGACGCGCUGGCGGGGACGCAGGAUGCAGCCGUGUGCAUUGAGAGGCACCAGGAGCUGAUGCAGAGGGUGCUGAGCGACCCGCAGCUGGUGCAUGUGCAGCGUGAGGGGGGUGCCGUGCUGGCCAGGCUGCGCAGGGAGGCCGCCCGCCUCAGCGCCUCGGCCAACGUCAGGACCAGCAUGGAGUUGGCUGAGGGGCUCUACAGCCAGCUGGAGGAAGAGCUUCACAACCUGGUGUCCCAGUCCAACAGCUGCCUGGAGCACCUGGAGUUCCUCCAAAAGGUCCGCGAGCUUGAGGCUGAGUUCAGCAAGCUGGGAUGCUGGCUGGACGGGGAGGCAGCGGCACGGCUGCGGGAGAUGGGCACCAAGGAAUGGAGCCUCGACACCUUCCAGGGCUCUAACGAGCAGUUUAACGAGUUCUUCGUCCAGGCAACAGCUCAGUACCAGCACGGCCUGGCCCUGUGUCAGGAGGCGGCCGAGGUCCGGGACGCGGCGUUCCCCGAGGCAGACCCCUUCCAGGUGGCUGCAGCUCUUUUCCGGACCAAGCUGAUGGGCUUCUACAGGCAGGUGGAGCAACGACGGGCAGAGCGGGAGCUGCUGCAGGAGCUGGGCCGGUUCUCCAGCAAGAUCACGGGGCUGAAGCUGGACUGCAGGCAGUGCUCAGCUCGGGUGAAGCGCGGGGAGGGCCAGGCGCUGCAGUGCCUGCAGAGCUCCUUCCAGAAGUUGUCGGUGGAGUUCGCCCUGGAGAAGCUGCAGGAGAUGAAGGCUCAGCUGCACAGGAUGCAGAGCAGCCAAGGGUUGGCAGCCUGGACCGAGGCACGGCACAAGUACCAGGAGACUCGGCAGGUCCUGGAGGAGAUGCUGGCCGAGCUGCAGGAGGCCUGGGGAGCACAGGCUGAUGGGCAGAGAGACACCUUCAGCUCCCCAAGCUCGGGGUCUGCAGCCCCUUGCAAGGAAGCCCCAGUUUGCAAAGCAACCACCAGCCCCGAGCCAGCAGCGUUGGGGGGCCAGGGGGUGGUGGAGCAGCCAGAACCCACCACACAGGGGCCAGGACAGCCUGGGGGACCAGGACAACCCCAGGCCAGCAGCGUUCCUGGCCCCACGCUGGGUGCAAAGCCGAGCUCCCCACAGCCCCGCUGCCAGCAGGGGCCAGAGGGUGACCAUGUCUUUCACCGCCAAGUCUCUGCUGACACCUUCCUCCCAAAACCUGAGAGUGGAGCCCGCUCGGGAGCUGCAGGACACCUCGCCCAGGAGCGCAGACAGCCCCUCCAGAGGCAUUCCUUCACCCUGCCUGCCCGGAUGCGGUUUCCAGGUUCUGAUCCAUCGUGUCGCAGCACUGUGCCCCACGGGACUGUCUCAGCCCCCAGCACACAUGGUCCACCUGCAGAUAAGCGACCAGAAGCUACCCAAUACUUCCAGGUUUCCAGCCAGAGCAGCUUCUCCUCUGAAGACUCAGACUCACAGAACUCAACCGAAGAAGCCCCGGCAGCGAGCCUGGCUUUGCACCGGGACCUCCAGAGUCCCAGACCAUCUUGCCCCUCUGAAAAGCUGCCCCAGAUUGUUUACCUGGAGAACCACCGCACCGAGAGUCCAGCUAAAGCAAAUGCCAAGUAAAACCAGUCCCUUCCAGUUGGGGCUGUUUCUGUCCAGUUGUGGAAGUCUCUAUCACCAACUGGAUGAGACAUCCCAUGCUCGGAGGUGGGAUGCUGGGACCCGUUGCCCAGCCCUGGGUCCCAGAGUCCUUCAGUUCCCCAUGCUUAGCACUCACCCUGCUGUGGAACGGCAAUAACCCCAUCACCAGCCUCAUGAGGUUGGUUAAUAAUCUACUAGGUGUGUAGCAAUCCUCACCUGAAGUGCAUUUAUCCUUAUCAGCACCUGGGUUGCCUCAGGACAUCAGUGAAGGCUCCCUGCAGUCAGCAGCUGUACUUGGAGCAUCCCAUGGGAGCACAAACCUGUGCUGAGGCAUUUCUGCCCUCCAGCCCCCCUGUGCUCCCCCCUCUGCCAGGUGAUUUUGCCAUCCUCUGUGCUGCUGCUGUAGCCCUGGCUGAGCUACAGCAAUGGCCGUUUUGUUCAUGUGCACUCAUUAACGUGGAACUAACGUUAUUAAUGUUAAUAAACCUGAAGAGAAGCGCCCAGCAUGGUCCUCAUGGAGCAGAACAUAAAGCCAUGUCCUGCUGAUAGCCGGGUGCUGGAUGCUCUCCCGGGCAGCCGGUGCCACCACGAGAACCUCCCGUGCCACCUGUGUGGGAUGUGGCCACAGCCUGGCUCUCCUGCCCACUGCCAGCAUCUUGCUGCCGGGAGGAUGGUCCUCCUCAAACCGCUGUUGGCUCAUUCCUGUUGUGCUCUGUGAAUGAGCCCCUCUCCCUUUUUGGGGGGUUAGAAGAAAUGCCUCUGUCUCCAGUUCUCACUCCCAUCCCGUCCCCUCCCCGGUACAUGGGUGACCAUGGUGUCAUCCUGCCCAGCCUUGUUGGGAACGCACUGUCCCAAAGCCCUUGGGGAUCCAGCUGAGGCUGGGUGCGACCUCUCCCAUCACCAUCCAAAACAGCCCUGAGGUCCCCGGGGAUCCUGUCCCCACCGGGGUGUCCCGCCGAGCCGCGCCGCCCGUUUGGGCACCCGGGAGCGGGUGAAGCCAGGCAGGGGACGGGCUGUCCCGGCCAGGACCCUGCGCCACCCGCCACCCCAGGCGGCCGCAUCAUGAGCUAAUCAAGAGACAUUGUACAAAAAGCAAUAUCUCACGUAGGAGCCGUUCCAGAAAACCACCCUCCUCCUCCCAGCCGCGGCGCAGUCAUGGCUCACGAUGCUGCGCCUCAGCAAAGGGCAAUUGCCCAUCCCAGUGUUUGUGAGCAUCACUCAUACCCCCCUCAGCCUUGUUUUUGCCAAAUCCCCAAGCCAAGCCCUGCUGAGCUCCCCUCUGACGGCUGCAGUCCCAGCCACCCCCCACGGCACCGCAUUCCUCCUGCCCAGGUCAUUAACAGCAGUGUUAACGAAGAUUGAUCCCAGCCUUCUCCCCAGGCGCUGCCCUGGGACCUCCUGUCUGUUGCUUCUCCCAGUCCUACCUGUUGUCCUCUCUUUACAUCUCCUUACACUUCCUUUAAGCUGCAUCUUCUCCAGCUCAAACACUAAUUUCCCCCGUAGCACUUCUAUCACUGCUUCACUUAAAUCCCAAUAGCUGAGUCUAUCCCAUUCCUUCUGGCUUAAAAGCAAUUAUCAUAGAGGGACACCAAGGGAGGUCUGCACGACCAUCCUGGGUGAACCCAGCCAGCUUUGUCCCGUUCUCCAACCAAUGCCAUGUCCUGAAUGUCCCUGAGUUCACCCCAGCUGGGACACUUGUCCUGCCUCUUUGUGUUAGGAUAUUUACCUGUGCCCAACCGCCUGGCCCCGUGCCGAGUUUAAAGGGCUCCAGAAAUCCCCUUCCUGUGGAGCUGAUGUAGCACAUAAAUCCGGAGAAGAAGCAAACAGACACGCUUUCCCCUGCCUUGAUGUCCCUGGGAGCCACCAGGGCUGGCUGUCCCUGCACUGGCCACCUGAGCCUGCUGGCUCCCCGGCCCCACACACGUGGCUGGAGAAGGCCAUACCCAGGUGAUUGCGAGAGCCAAAAAUCUCCUCUACCUCCAAAAGCAUUUAAAGCCUGACAGUUCCCUCGCUCAAUUUUCUGCUCUACCGAGAGCUGAUCUGUUGUAUCACCCCGUUUCACACUCGCCUCCGCAGCGCGCUGAAGCAGCAGCACGCCUUCCAAAUUCCUCUUCGGAUACCGAUUUUUGCCUGUCGUUUCACAGAAGCCCGUGGCUUCAGAAGCCCUCAUUAUCAGCUCUCGGCCACAUGGGGCUGAGCUCAGCCUCCUGCGACCGGCACAGCACACACAUCCCACCCUGGGCUUUGCCGGUGCUGUGCUGGGCUGGACACACCGUCCACGUUACUCAUGUCCCUUGGGGAAGGCAGAUGGUGCUCA